UGCUGGGGAUUGAGCUCAGGACCUUUGGAAGAGCAGGUACUGCUCUUAACCGCUGAGCCAUGUCUCCAGCCCCCCAUAUCUAUCUUCUUAAUAAAGCAUUUGUACCCUGAGCUCUUCACAGCUCAUAGACAAGGAACUGGAUUUAAAAGGUUUGUGACAGGAUUCCAAAAUCCUGGAAGUGACACUUGACAAAAGAGGCAAAAUGGCCAGUCAGGAAACAGAGCUGUCCCUCUGACGCUGGAGCGAAGGUGGAACGAACAUUCCAAAGCAGACCCUGGCUGUCCUGGAACUCACAGAGACCCGCCCGCCUCUGCCUCCCGACUGUGGGAUUAAAGGCGUACGCCACCACCGCCAAGCACCCGAGAGUCUUUUAACUCGAGACACACCGCCUAAGGACAUUUAUUGAAACCCGUUUUAUUUAUCCACCCGGAGGAAGAAAACUAGCCAAGUGCCACGUCGGCUCCGGACACGUCCACUUCACUACCGCCUUCGUUCCCCGGCUCGACGACCUGAACUCUCGCGAUGCCGGGCGAGUUGCGGUUGACAGCUGGCACACGUCUGCGGGCUUGGGAUUGGGCUGCUGGCUCGGGGGGGCGGGGCACGGAGGGACUCUCGCGAGCUUUACCUCCAGUCUCGCGAGCCUUGGCGUGGCACUGGGCGGCUGGCCCCGGCCCUGAGGAGGUGGCGUUCCGUUGGUGACGUUGGGCUCCGGCGGCGCCGGCAGGGCGUUCUCCUGCGCUGACCCGGAGCUGUGCGGCCAGCUCCCGCCGCCGCCGCCGCCGAGCUCGCGAUGGGCGCCCAGGACCGGCCGCAGUGCCACUUCGACAUCGAGAUCAACCGGGAACCGGUUGGUCGAAUUAUGUUUCAGCUCUUCUCAGACAUAUGUCCAAAAACAUGCAAAAACUUCCUUUGCCUGUGCUCAGGAGAGAAAGGCCUUGGGAAAACAACUGGGAAGAAGUUAUGUUAUAAAGGUUCUACAUUCCACCGUGUGGUUAAAAACUUUAUGAUUCAGGGUGGGGACUUCAGUGAAGGUAACGGAAAAGGUGGAGAAUCAAUUUAUGGUGGAUACUUUAAAGAUGAAAACUUUAUUCUCAAACAUGACAGAGCGUUCCUUUUGUCAAUGGCAAAUCGAGGGAAACAUACCAAUGGUUCCCAGUUUUUCAUAACUACAAAGCCUGCUCCACACCUGGAUGGGGUUCAUGUUGUGUUUGGACUGGUUAUUUCCGGUUUUGAAGUAAUUGAACAGAUUGAAAAUCUGAAAACGGAUGCUGCAAGCAGACCUUAUGCAGAUGUCCGAGUUAUUGACUGUGGGGUGCUUGCCACAAAGUUGACGAAAGAUGUUUUUGAGAAAAAAAGGAAGAAGCCAACGCAUUCAGAAGACUCGGAUUCUUCUUCCAGUUCCUCUUCCUCUUCCGAAUCAUCCUCAGAAAGUGGAGUUGAGCAAGAGAGAAUCAGAAGGAGGAGACACAAGAGGAGGCCCAAAGUCAGACACACUAAAAAGAGACGGAAGGAGAUGAGCUGUUCAGAGGAGCCCAGGAGGAAGCGCACAGUGAGCCCUGAAGGUUAUUCUGAGAGGAGUGAUGUGAAUGAGAAAAGAUCAAGUGGUUCACAUGCUAAAAGAGAAAAGCCAGUUGUCCGUCCGGAAGAGAUUCCUCCAGUUCCUGAGAACCGAUUUCUACUUAGAAGAGACAUGCCUGCUGUCACAGUGGAGCCUGAACCGAACGUUCCAGAUGUUGCACCUGUUCCGAGUGAUCAGAAACCAUCUGUGUCAAAGUCUGGACGGAAAAUUAGAGGAAGAGGCACAAUUCGCUAUCACACACCUCCACGGUCAAGAUCUCAUUCUGAGUCUGAAGAUGAUGACAGCAGUGAGACUCCUCCUCACUGGAAGGAGGAGAUGCAGAGGCUGAGAGCUUACAGGCCACCAAGCGGAGAAAAGUGGAGCAAAGGAGACAAGCUAAGUGAUCCCUGUUCAAGCCGAUGGGAUGAAAGAAGCUUGUCCCAGAGAUCCAGAUCAUGGUCCUAUAAUGGAUACUAUUCAGAUCUUAGUACAGCAAGACACUCUGACGGUCACCACAAGAAACGCAGAAAGGAAAAGAAGUUCAAGCAUAAAAAAAAGGCUAAAAAGCAGAAGCAUUGCAGAAGACACAGACAGACGAAGAAGAAAAGAUUAGUAAUGCCACCUGACUUGGAACCCUCAAGAUCUGCCACCCACCGAAUGAAGUCCUCUUGUGACAGAGAAAGGAGACCCCAUGCCUCCUCUUCCUCCUCCUCUCGCCACUCCUCAAAGCGGGCCUGGUCCAGAUCAGACAAGGACGACCGGAGCUCCUCAACCCACUCCAGCAGAGACUCCUACAGAUCCAAGUCUCAUUCACCAUCGGAUUCUAGAGGGAGCUCUAGAUCAAGGGCUUUGUCAAAGUCCUCAUCGCGUUCUCACGACAGAUCCCAGUCCAGAUCUAGUUCCAGGUCGGAACCCCGGAGGACAGCAUCAAACUCACCAAAACAUCCUGCUCCGUUGAGUGAAAAUAAGCCAGUUAAGACAGAACCUUUAAGAUCAUCGAUGCCACAGAAUGGAAAUGUGCUAGUACAGCCAGUGGCAGCAGAAAACAUUCCUGUAAUACCGUUGAGUGACAGCCCUCCGCCUUCUAGGUGGAAGCCUGGGCAGAAGCCCUGGAAGCCCUCCUAUGAGCGAAUUCAGGAGAUGAAGGCUAAAACAACUCACUUGUUGCCUGUCCAAAGUACAUACAGUUUAUCAAAUAUUAAAGAAACUGGGAGUUCAUCAUCCUAUCACAAAAGAGAAAAAAAUUCAGAAAGCGAUGGGAGCGCUUAUUCAAAGUACAGUGACAGAAGUUCUGGGAGCUCAGUAAGGUCAGGGGGCAAGUCUUCUAGGGGCCGGUCAUCCUCUAGGUCAUACACAAGGUCAAGGUCACGGAGUCCACGUACUUCACGAUCACGAUCUAGGUCUCUGUCAUCUAGGUCUCACUCACAAACGAAGUCUAGUGAUGGUUCCCACCGCAGCAGGUCGUCUUCGUACACUUCUGUCAGCAGUGAUGGGGGAAGUCGAGCCACGAGGAGGACGUUUAGAUCCCGUGGGAAAAGAAGUAUCACUUCAAAUAAAAGACACCACGGCAGCUCAAAGAAGAUACUUCACAGUAAAUAUGUCAAAGGCAGAGAGAAGUCUUCAUGUCACAGAAAGUAUAGUGAAAGUAGAUCAUCUGUGGAUUAUUCUUCAGAUAGUGAACAGUCACAUGUUGAGUUAGUGCACUCGGCCCUAGAGAAGGAGAAGCAGGGGAAAAGCAAAGAAGAAGGAAAGGGCAAGCCAGAAUGGGACAAGAGGGCUCUGAAAGAGAGUCUUUCUGAUCACUCUAGAGAUGGCAGUAGGUCCAAAGGGAAGAACUGUGCUGGGAGCAAAUGGGACUCUGAAUCAAACUCUGAACAAGAUGUGACUAAGAGCAGGAAAAGUGAUCCCCAGAGAUGUUCUGAUAAGGAGGAGGGCGAAGCCUCCUCCGACUCUGAGUCAGAAGUUGGCCAAAGUCACAUCAAAGCUAAACCCCCAGCAAAGCCUUCAGCAAACACUUCUCUGCCUGACAGUAAUGGUGCCUGGAAGUCUAGGAAACCACAGUCUUCAGCUUCUGAGUCAGAGGGCUCCUGCUCCAACUUGGGAAACAUUAGAGCGGAGCCCCAGAAACAAAAAUGCCCAAAGGAUAGUCUUAAAGGGGAUCACACAAAAAAAGUGAGAGAGAAAUUGAAAGCCAAAAAAGACAAAAAACACAAGGCUCCAAAGCGGAAGCAAGCCUUUCACUGGCAGCCUCCACUGGAGUUUGGUGACGAGGAGGACGAGGAGGAGGAUGGGAAGCAGGUUACACAGGAGCCGGGAGGAAGAAAGCACGUCUCUGAGAAGUGUGAAACUGAGAAAGACAGUGCUCCAAACAUAGAGAGGCCCUGUGAUGAAGGCAGCCGUCCCGGUAACCCUAAGAAGGGUGCUUCAGAGCACAACCCACUUGCAGAGGGGGAUCGCCAUCCCAGCUCUUGCCCUGCAUCUCUGACAGUGGAGGAGAAUACCACCAGCUCUCCUCAUGGUGCCCAGCACAUUGAAGAGCGUGUCCCAGGUGGAGGGGAGGAUGUGCUUCAGACAGAUGACAACAUGGAGAUUUGUACCCCUGAUAGAAGUUCCCCUGCAAAAGGAGAGGGGGUGUCCCCAUUAGCAAACCGCAAGCUGGACAACCCAGAGGGGAGCAUUAUUCCAGAGCAGGUUGAGCACAUGGCACAGCCCAGAGCAGGAGGGAAACAAGAAAGCAUUGUGUCUGAGAGUAAAACCUCAAGUGAAGGUGGGAAACAGGACAGCUCUGCCAGUUUGGCCAGUCCUGUAGAAAUUUCUGGAAAGAAGGAGGGGCCUGAGAAAAGCCAGAUGAACCUCACAGAUAAGUGGAAGCCAUUGCAAGGUGUAGGAAAUCUGAUUCCUACUGCAGCCCCGUCAAGUGCUCUGGAUGUGAAGCCAUUGGCUCCUGUUCCUGAAGUGAAACCACAAGGCUUGAGAAUAGAAAUCAAAAGCAAAAAUAAAGUUCGGCCCGGAUCUCUCUUUGAUGAAGUAAGAAAGACGGCACGCUUAAACCGGAGGCCACGGAAUCAAGAGAGUUCCAGUGAUGAGCAGACACCUAGUCGGGAUGGUAAUAGCCAGUCCAGGAGUCCACACAGAUCUCGAAGUAAAUCUGAAACCAAAUCUCGACACAGAACAAGAUCUGUCUCCUAUAGUCACUCAAGAAGUCGAUCCAGGAGUUCCACAUCAUCUUACCGAUCAAGGAGCUACUCCAGAAGCCGGAGCAGAGGCUGGUACAGCAGAGGCCGGACCCGCAGCCGGAGCAGUUCCUAUGGAAGUUUCCGUAGCCACAGGACGUCCAGCAGGAGCAGGUCCAGGAGCAGCUCCUAUGACCCCCACAGUCGCUCCAGUAGAUCCUACACUUAUGAUAGCUACUACAGCCGGAGUCGCAGCCACAGCCGCAGCCAGAGGAGUGACAGUUAUCAUCGAGGGAGAAGCUACAACAGGCGGUCCAGGAGCGGUAGAUCCUAUGGCUCAGACAGUGAAAGUGACAGAAGUUACUCUCGUCACCGGAGCCCCAGUGAGAGCAGCAGAUACAGCUGAGGCGUCCUUGUACAGAGACUGUAUCUUACUGUAAAUACCUGGUAACUUAAAGCUGGAGAAACUGGAUGGCCAUCUGUUGUGUGUCAGUAUUAGAGCUCAAGUCCAACAGUGGAUAUUUCUUGUCACUUAUUUACAUGUGUGCAGAAAAGUUUAAAAGUACAGAUGUCAACUACAAAUAUUUUUAUGCCCCAUUUUACAGUAGACAACUAUGGAAUUUUCAUUUUCUUGAAUCAAGAACUGGUGGAAUUGAUGUAGGUAUCAUUUGCAGUGUUACUUUAGAUGGAGUGUUUUUGUAGCUCACACAGUCCAUAGAAUUCAGGUCAGUGCUUUCAGGUUUUAGCAUCCAUGCUGCCAAACAGAAUUGUGGAGAGCUGUCACAGCUACACGUUCCUAUGUCCCCAUGCUGGCUAUAGUCUUGUUUGUGUGUGCUGUCAAAUCAGGCCAUCCACAUCGUAUUGACUAUGGCCAGUCAUGCAGGGUGGUGGCUCAUGCUACCAUGUCUGCCUUUCCACAGAGACUGCCAGAAACUCAGCUGUAAUCGUGUUGCUGUUGCAGCUCCCACCUCGGUGCUUGGUGCCUUUGGUUCCUCCUGUACCUUACUUCAUAUACUACAUGUCCUGAUGCCAGAAGAUAGAAUCAUGACUUUUUUUUUAAUUCACUGGCACCAAAAAUUACUUAUUCUGAGCUGGGCUCACUGUGAGUUAUGUGGUGGUGGUCUCUUGGAUAGAGCUGGGCUCACUGUGAGUGUAGGGCUUCCCAACAGUAUGUGGUCUCUUGGAUAGAGCCUGCAAGGCUGGCCAUCUUGUUCUUCUAGAAGAGCCAACUGAAGAGUGGACUUUCAGAAGCAACUCCACAGUCUUUAAUUAGCACACCCAGAGACUUUAGUAACAACCAGCCUCUCCCUAUUUGUGUUGAGACCCCCACUAACUCUGUGAAGCCCUGCCUGACCAGAGAAAACCCAGGACAAGAUUUGGGGGCAGAAGGAUCAUAAGCUGCUGCAUAGAGAGAUGUUCCUGUGGCUUUGCGUGGUUCCUCCAAAAAUAAUUUAACCUGUAAAAAUUAGUUUGAGUUUUACUCUUUAGUUUGCAUUCUUUCCCCAAGUGUACUUAAUCACCUUAGUGCCGGUUUAAUCCUGUUCACAGAAAGAAUUCCUGUAUAUGUUGUCCAUGAAGCCUAUACCAUCCAAUCCCAGGCCUUGCUGGUGUAUUUGGGAAGAAGAAGAUUCCUGGCCUGAUGGAGGGAGGCACUGAAUGUAUGAAAAUGGUCUUCCAGGGCAUGUGGCUCAGUGUAAUAGCAUGUGCUUGGCAUGUAACGAUGCUCUGGGUUCCGUGACCAGCACUCCAAAAAUAAAUCAUGCUGUCACUCUUAUGAGGUGGCCAGCCGUUGUCCAACAUGCCAGUAAAUAUAGUUCAUCAGAAAACAGAAUAACAUCAGCAGUCAGUGCUUGGCUAGUGAAAGUUAAACAUGUGGUUUAUAGUGGGAUUUUUUUCUAAAAGUUUCCUACAAAAAAGGAUGUUUGAAUGUACUAGUUGGUGAGAAGAAUGCAUUCAGAACCCAAACAAACUGCCAAAUGGAGUUAGUAAGGAAGGGUCACUGUUGAGCAAUGUUGUAUUGUUUUGUAGCUGUGUAACAAAACUAUUCCAAGUCCCUCAGCCUAGAACAGUGCCCACCACCAUUGAUUAUCAACGGUAGAGCCAUGUCUGGGCAUGGCUCAGGGUCUCAGAACUGUGGCUGGGGGCUAGAAGGGCGCAUCCCUUAUGAAGACUCUGAAAAGGAGUUAACUUUCUUGUGGGCUUCUUUGAGGCUGCCCACAUCCCUGCCCCAGGCCUCGCUGUCUUCAGCCAGCAGGGAUCCUUUGUCUUUCUUCAAAACUUCUGCCUUCCUCCUGUGUAAAGGGUCCAUAUGACUAGAUCAAACCAGAUCAGAGAUCAGUCUCCAUCUGCAGUCCAGUGGUCAAAGGAGUUGUGGGCAUUGGCAGGUUCUGGGGGUUGGCACGGGAAGAGGCAGAGCAUGCCACCUACUGCCACCAGGGACAGGGCUUAACCUAUCCAGGCAGCUCUCAUCUUCAGCAGUGUGGGCCUGGCUGUUUACACUCAAGUGAACUACAAAAAUGGCUUUUCUUCCUAACCAGGAUCAUUCUGUAUUUUGAAGUUAUUUUUUUAAUAAAAUUGAAUUACGUUGUGUAAUGCGCUUAAUAGAAAAUGCUUUAUUGGACAGUUUUGUAACAUCCUGUUUACUGAAAAUGGCAUAGCUGAUAUUGUCAAAAAUGUAGAAAAGACUUUUGUACAUACUAGCAGUGUCUAAUUUGUAUAUACAUCGAUUUAAUUUCCCUACAACUCGAAAAGGAUCUUGUAGAAAUGAAAAUACAUGCUAACUUUGA